AGGAAAACAACUGGGCUAAGGUGACUAAACCAAGGCUAUGGAUCUUCUUAACGUACCUCUCAAGUACUGGAAGAUACUCGUUUUCUUUCCGUCCAUGGUGACCACAGGUAAUGAGCAGCGACCUCACCACUGCAUGGGAAAGCCGAGUCAUCAAUGCAGAACUCCUCAGCGCUGUUCGGGAUGGUUAGCCACUGUCAGAUCCCAACUAUCACGGACUUCACCGGUAUGACACGCUCCGUGUACGGCAGCAAGGCGGACAUCUGUGCACGGCGAGCCGGGAACGGUAGUUUUGGAUCUCAGAUUUGCCGGAGCCCCAAUGACUUUCACAUGAACUGCUCCAGCCCGAAGCGACUCAGCGCGCCCGAGGACAAAACGCAUCUUCCAACCAAAACUCCGCGCUCAUGCUUCUCUCUCUCACCAGUUCAAGUGAACACUGCCUACUGCUCAGAGAAGGAUGGAGAUGCCGAGCUCGGUGACUCUGAGGGCACCCUGAUGCGAUGUGGGCAGAGCUUGUCACUUUCGGUGGGAGGUCAUUCAGGGGGCCUUUACCCCCCGAGCCUCCACUGCAACAGACCUGCACCUGAUCUCCUGCUGCAGAACGGCCCUCACCAAGAUGCCAGAUCCUCCGCUGCUUUACAAAGGACCCUGACUGGGGCCCCAUCUAGUCUGGGCUACGGCAGUGCCAAUGGUGCUCGCUCUUCUCUCCCUUACCUAAUCAAACAGGAGAACUCAAUGGGCUACAAGAUCUUGAGCACAGGAUCCGGAGUACAUAGCAUGUCUCAGGCUGGCUUUCAAAACUGCAGGGCAGGCCAAGUUUUGGCAUUGCCAAGGGACGAGAUAGUUGGAGCUACGCAUGUGAGCAACAGUGCUAGUGGCGUAUGCACACCAAGCAAUGUAGGUAGUGCUGUGUCAGGGGAUGCAGUGCAACCGUUUAAUAAUGAAGAUGACUCCUCCCCUCUGGCUUUGUCUCCAGCUGGCUCCCAUCAUUCAGCACAACUGCUCAGUGCUAGCAGUCUGAAGAAACGCUGCCCAGUAUCACAGUCCACUACCACUGCUGGCUUGGGCGGUGUUGCUGCCACAGGCUCUCCAUCAGCAACUGGUACUGCUUCUGCGGACAUCAUUAUUACUUCCCAGAUGUCAAUGGUUGCCUGUGUCAACAGGUUCUGCACCAACCUCUCGCCCAGCCACACCCGCAGUGCUAGCUUGUCCUCCUCUUCCUCCUCCUCCUCCUCCUCUUCUACAUCCCCACCCUCUAACUUCUGCUCACGGGAAAUCCCCCAGAGGCCCCCACGUCACGGCAGCCCCCAGCAGACCAUUCUACAGGAGAGCUGUCAGCUGUCCUCACCUGCCGCCUGCCUGCUGUCCCUUUCCUCCUCCUCAUCUUCCUCUUCAGUGUCAUCACUGGAGCCAGAGCAGGGCUCCAUACUGCAGGGGCACGGGUCUGGCGGAACAGUCGGUGGAGGAGUGGGAGAAGGAGGAGGCUCAGGCAGUUUGGGGCUACUGAUGAGCGGGGCCCUGAUGUCUGGGACGCUGCAUAUGGGGCCAGAAGCUGGGGCUCUCCUGGACGGAGGUCAGAGAGCAGGGGCUGCCCUCAAGCAAGAGCCCCUCGAUGACUUUUCUCCUAGUGAAGACAGUCUCUUUCCACACCACUAUCACCACCACAUGAGUGGUUGUAGUGGCCACCUUCGUCACCACCACCACCCUUCUCGACCUACCAUGCCUCCGCCCUACCACCUACACCAGUAUGUGGGGCCGCUUCACCACCAGGGCCAGCAAACAGCACCAUCCUCUUCCCUGGGACUCAAACUGAACUCUGGAGGGUCUACUGGUUCACACACAGCCCCAGAGCGGGAAGACAUCGGAGGGGGAGCACUGGCUGAUAAGCAGGUGUGCCGCUGGAUUGAUUGCAGUUCUGCGUACGAGCAGCAGGAGGAGCUUGUGAGGCAUAUUGAAAAGGUCCAUAUUGAUCAGCGCAAAGGCGAGGACUUCACCUGUUUCUGGGCUGGCUGCAUUCGCCGCUACAAGCCCUUCAAUGCCCGCUACAAGCUCCUCAUUCAUAUGAGGGUCCACUCUGGAGAGAAACCUAACAAGUGUAUGUUUGAGGGCUGUAACAAAGCAUUUUCCCGUCUGGAGAACCUGAAGAUCCACCUGCGGAGCCACACAGGAGAGAAGCCAUACUUGUGCCAGCAUCCUGGCUGCCAGAAAGCUUUCAGCAACUCCAGCGACCGCGCCAAACACCAGCGCACUCACCUGGACAUGAAACCAUAUGCAUGCCAGAUCCCCGGCUGUACCAAGCGAUACACAGAUCCCAGCUCCCUACGCAAACAUGUCAAGAUCCAUACAGCCAAAGAACAACAGGUGUGUAGAAAGCUUCGGCCGUGCCCUCACCUGGAGCAGGACGUUCUGAAUAACUGUCUGUCCAUGCAGCACCUUCAAAACUCCACCUCCUCACAGCACCUUUACAACAGUAAAGAUGGUUGUUCUCCUGGACUCGGCCAAGACAUCUUCACAGGCCUGUACACUGGCUCCAGCACCCCCCAUCACAGCGCCUCAGCGGAGCUCCUCUCCAGUAACCCCAACCCUGCCCCCUCCUCCACCGCUGACCUGCCAUCUCAGCAGCGUCGACUGGACGGGGACCUCGGCAGCCCUCAUCACCUGUCCCAGCUAACGGCUAUGGACAGUACGAGAGAUGGAGUGUCAGAUCCCCUCCUGUCUCCUGGGAUAAAGGGAACAGGGACACCUCCUCCUCCUCUACUGGAGAAACAGCAUGUCCACCCUCACCACAAGCCCUACUCUCAGUAUCACCACCAUCAGUCUGCCACUGACGAAUACCAAGGCAGCUUUCAGAGCUGCUUCCAUUUUGGAGACUCCUACAGGAUGGAGCAGCCAGUUGGUGGUGUCCACAUCCCAGGAGAGUCUCAUGCCUACAGCUCCCAUCAGCACAAUGGCUUCCAUGUGUCAGCAGCCAACACUGGCUCUGCAGGCUUCAGCUUGACCCAGGAGCUGCAAGGAAAUGCAGGGUGCCAGUUUUCUUGCAGCCCAGAGGAGAGCAUUUUCUUCCAGGUGGGCAGCUUUGACCGCAGCCUGAGCCAUGUGUCCUCCAUCUACACAGAGACAUAGAGCAACACUGGAGCAGGGCGCACUUCAUUUCCUCUAGUACUCUGCAGUCCCACUCCUUCCACAUGCAUCUUCUCACAGGAGUUUUCUCUAGUUCCUGUUUCCCUUUUUCAGACAAGAAAUGAGUCAUAUAGUAAAUCAAAACUGUUCUGCUUAGCUGACCUAUUUAGGUGCCAGAUGGGUGGAACCAACAAGAAAAUUUGGACAUCAAAUUAGUUUACACUUUUGGUUGAUGACUGAGCUGAGACUGAGCAAAUUACCCCUGUUAUAAUAUUUAAAACAGACCCCUCAAGGUAAUAGUUUGACAUUUUGGAAAAUAUUUGUUUUCUUGCACAAAGAUAAGAGGACUCACAUCAUGCUCAUACAGUACCUUAUUUUGUUAAAAAUGAAGCUACAGCCAGCAGCUGUUUAGGUCAGCAUACAGCAAAAGGCUUGGAAACAGGGACACAGCUAGCCUGCUCCUAAAUGUGCUUGCACUUUUUUCUUUGUAUGAAUUAAACAACAUACUGUAUAAUUACUGGGCUUUAGAGGUGCAGAUAGGUGGAUGGAGCCAGGCUAGCUUGCUUCCUAUUGUGUCUUAUCAUUGUGCUAAGAUUACUGUCUCCUGGCUGUAGCUUCACAUUUAAAACAGACCUGAGAGUGCUAUUGAUCUUCUCACAUAACUUUAGCCAAGAAUGCAAAUAAGGGCAUUUCUCAAAAUGCCAAACUAUUCCUUUAAAACAAAAUACAAUUUACUUGUUACCUCUCAUUACUGGUUUAAAUAGGUGUGCCAGUUAUGACCAGUUUAACCAAAGAGAUGCCCCCCUCCCCCCCAUUUCCUUAUACAAAUAAUUUUCAGAUAAAAUCUAGUAAUCCUCAAGAAACUAAACCAAACUGCACAUCUGAGAAAUAUUAUCUGAUAUAGUGCAAGUAUGAAUAUUGAAUUUAAGUACUCAGGAUUUUACAGAUGAAGAUCAGAUCAGCUGUCAUGAUAAGCUAAUAGAAAAUAAUAAUAGAGCUUCUGUCAAACUCAGUGAUUUAUGGCUUUGAAUGACAGGUGAUUUGACAGCCUAGCUCACUUUUCCACACCCAGCUUCUGUAAUUAAAUAAACGAUAAAUACAGAAUAAAACAAGUCAAUAAUUCUCAUGGUUUAAGCUGGGGAAAAGCGAUCGUUUCUCCCCACAGUAAGGGUGAGUUUAGUUUUUUUUUUCCCCACCCUAAAUUUGAAUAUGGGUAUGGAUUAAAUCCAAAUUAAUUUGAAUAAAACAAAUGUAAUGUUCUAAAUUAAAUUAAAACAUCUUAUCCAUUCAUACAAUUCUUUUUCCAGAAAUUCCCUUUUUAACAGGCAUAUACAGUUUAACUUAAACAAAAGAUAAGACAUAGCAUCACAUCCCUGACAGUAGUGAGAUUAAUUUCAUUAGGCUGUGUAAGGUGUGGAGAAAAAAACCAACAAGCAGCAAGCUUCUCCACAGAUCCCUCAUGUUAAAAGCUGCCAGGUCACAGGCUUCCACUCUUCCACGUUGGAUAGCCCAGAGUCUCUGCAGCAGUAGCUCGAGGCAAAAUGUCCAACAGUGGAGGUCCCAUGUCAGCCCCUAAAACUAUUACAAUAUACAUCAAUACAAUUAAUCAGAACUAGAUAAACUACUCAUUUAAACAGUAUUUUAUCAUGUAGAACAAUGCAAAUUAAUGUUUUAAAAAGAUAACAUCUUUACUCUUUAAUUAGGUUGUGCAUUUAUAGCGAGAUGAUCAAAUAAUAGUACUGUGUAAAAUGUCUCCAUCUGUUGUAUCUUUUCAUUGCAAAUGUAAUAACUACACCAAUAAAAGAGGGGCGCUGUUUGUAUUUCCACCCAUUGAAUCAACAUGGAGCAGUAGAAGUAGCAAUUCAAGGACCCAGUUUUCAAUGCAAGCAAGGGUGACGCUAAACACUCUGGAGGUGAAAUCUGUACUAUGUUCCUGUAAACAUUUUGGCAGUGUAAGAUGAUUUGUUACUGCAGGGGACAUGGGGGAAAUAGAUUCAUCUAAUUCAGACAGGACACCCUUGUUACAUCAAAUGCACCUGAACAAACAAGAAUACACCUAGUAAGUGAUCUGAGGAAAAAGAAGACACAAAAAUGAAUACAAAAACACGGUACAAAAAUGACAAGACAGGAUAAUCAGUAUUUGCAUUAGAAUAUUAUACAAUAUUAUACAAUUUUAAAAAAUCACAAAAUACACUAUACAGACAUCUUAUUCAAGAAAAUGUAAAAAAACAAAAAUAAAACAAAUGUUCCUAACUGCCAUCACGUGUACAUUGGAAUGAAUCAAGGGAAACCAACACCACCAAUUAAUUAUAACGGCACAUGUCAAGGAAAAUCUUUAUUCAGGCCUUGGAUUUCAAUGUUUGUAAAGAAAAGAUGCAUAACGCUCAUCGUCUUUUUUAAAAAAGAGAGCCAUAGCCCCUCCCUGUGGUGGAGAAAACACCUUUUCAAUGCCAUGAAAAUUGAGAGUAGAAAUGUCAUUAUAAUUUGCCACAACACGAUAGUGGUGAUCAUUACGUCUAAUGGCACUUUUGUGCCCACUUAUUAGUUGCUUGUUUUCUGGUAGAGCUGCAUUAUUGUUAAAGUAGGAUCCAGUGUUUCUUGAGCUUGACUAGAGACUAAAAAUCAGGAUAUCAACUUUUGAUAGUUAGAUUUUGACCAUUAUGUUAAUGUGUCCCCAGCAAGUCCCUCAAAUUGAUGAAAGCACAGAUUUUUGGAAGACACUGAUCUCAUUCUGGAUGGCAAAAUUUUUACUCACAUUAAAUGAAGGUGUAACAGGAGUCAAAGAAAAAACAUGGAAGCAUUUUACUAGUUAAGUGAAGGAACAUUGACGUUUAAAACCCCUUUCCCAGAGUCUUUCAGUGAUCUAUAAGCUUUCCUUUUAGAUUGAGAAUCAGAAUCAGAAUCAGCUUUAUUGGGCAGGUGUGUUGAACACACGAGGAAUUAGA